UUGGCGGCCGCCGCCGCGGAGCAGGGCGCGGGGGGGGAUGAUGGAUCCGCGGCUGCGGCUGCUGACGCCCCGCGCCCGCCUGCCCGCCGUCAAUGGAGGAGGACGCUGAGACCCGUAAGAUCAGCAGCAGUUUCCUGCGAGACCACAGCUAUGCCACGGAAGCUGACAUCAUCUCCACAGUUGAGUUCAACCACACUGGAGAGUUACUGGCAACAGGGGACAAGGGGGGCCGGGUUGUAAUAUUUCAGCGGGAGCAGGAGAGCAAGAACCAGCCCCACCGCCGGGGAGAGUACAAUGUCUACAGCACCUUCCAGAGCCACGAGCCAGAGUUCGAUUACCUGAAGAGCCUGGAGAUCGAGGAGAAGAUCAAUAAGAUCCGAUGGCUGCCCCAGCAGAACGCGGCGUAUUUCCUGCUCUCCACCAACGAUAAGACUGUGAAGCUAUGGAAGGUCAGCGAGCGGGACAAGAGGCCAGAGGGGUACAACCUCAAGGAUGAGGAUGGCCGUCUCCGAGACCCCUCCAUGAUCACCGUGCUACGGGUCCCCGUGCUCCGGCCCAUGGACCUGAUGGUGGAGGCCACUCCUCGGAGGGUGUUCGCCAACGCACACACCUACCACAUCAACUCCAUCUCCGUCAACAGCGACUACGAGACCUACAUGUCAGCCGAUGACCUGAGGAUAAACCUGUGGAAUUUCGAAAUCACAAAUCAAAGUUUUAACAUCGUGGACAUCAAGCCGGCCAACAUGGAGGAGCUGACGGAGGUGAUCACGGCGGCCGAGUUCCACCCGCACCACUGCAACACCUUCGUGUACAGCAGCAGCAAGGGCACCAUCCGCCUGUGCGACAUGCGGGCCGCUGCCCUCUGCGACCGCCACGCCAAGUUUUUUGAAGAGCCUGAAGACCCAAGUAACCGGUCAUUUUUUUCUGAGAUCAUCUCCUCAAUCUCUGAUGUCAAAUUCAGCCACAGUGGAAGGUACAUCAUGACCCGGGACUACCUCACUGUCAAGGUGUGGGACUUGAACAUGGAGAACCGGCCCAUUGAGACCUACCAGGUCCACGACUACCUGCGGAGCAAGCUGUGCUCGCUCUACGAGAACGACUGCAUCUUUGACAAGUUUGAGUGCGUCUGGAACGGGUCUGACAGUGUCAUCAUGACCGGCUCCUACAACAAUUUCUUCCGCAUGUUCGACCGCAACACGAAGCGCGACGUGACGCUGGAGGCGUCGCGGGAGAACAGCAAACCCCGUGCCAUCCUCAAACCCCGCAAGGUCUGCGUGGGUGGAAAGCGCAGGAAAGACGAGAUCAGCGUGGACAGUCUGGACUUUAGCAAAAAGAUUCUGCACACAGCUUGGCACCCCUCCGAGAACAUCAUCGCUGUGGCAGCCACGAACAACCUGUACAUAUUCCAGGACAAGGUUAACUAGGAGGACCAGGUGUUCUUUAGGAGUCUCAUGUACUGAUACAAGUAAACACAAGGUUUCAACUGUUCCUUUCCUUUCUUUCUUUCUUUGUUUUCCUUUCCUUCCUGUUCUUUGUUCAGUUCCUGCUCUGCAGAUCAAGGUUGUGCAGAGGAGCACUGGGGGCACCCCCCAGACACCAGAUUUACACAGGGAGAGCUGAGACUUCUUACAGGGCAGCGUGAGGAUGACAGGCCUGGGUGUCCCGUGUCCCCAGGCAUGUCCCCAGGCAGUGCUGGGGUGGCAGUGGCCCUCUGCCCAUGGCUGAGGAGGUGAUGUGGAGGGGCUGUCAGCUGGGGAAGGGAUUGGUGGGGUAACACACUGUGGGCUCUGGCCAGCUCUGGUAGCAGUGGUCCCACCCCAGUUGCUUUAAACCUGACCCCAGAAAUAUUCCACCUGUUGUGUUGAAGAUUGGAAUGUUGCCUCCCUUUGCCAUUUUCCACAUUUGUCUUUUUAUUACAAUUAUUUUCUGUUUUACCAACAGAGACAGCAAAACCAAACAUAAAAUGGAAAAGUUCAGUUUUGCAAUGGACAAGCUUAAGGGGAGGGGGGUAUGUGCUGCACCUCCAGCUGUGUCUGCUCCAGCCAGGUUGUCCCCCCAGCCCCCAGAACCCUCCUGAGGAUUUGGCUUUGUAGAUACUGUGGUGCCUUCUUUGGUAUAUGAAAUACCUUUAUAAAUGAUGCUUCCGACCUGCAUUGAUCGCAAACCAAACCAACCCUGGGCUCUGCUGCAGUUCUGGGCUUUGCUUUGGUCAUUUUUCUCAUUCCAUUGUGAGCUCUUGCAUGUUGUGACUGUCUCUCUUUCUCUCUCUCUCUCUCUCUCUCUCUCUUUCUCUCUUUUUUAAUUAAUUUAUUUAUUUAUUCAAUUUUUUUAAAGAUAAAGUAUAAGUUGCUAAUUUAUGACCUAAAAAAAAGAAUCCACCUGUAUAUUGCUGUUAGCCCCUGACACACCCCCUAAGUGUGUCAGAGAGAGGCUGUCUGCAGUCCUACAUUAUAAUAACAAUGAUAAUAAUAAUAAAACCAGUAACACUUUCUCUUUGCAUGGCGAGGCUGCCUUUUUCUACUUUACAGAUUGGUCAGGUCCCUCUUUAUUUGAGCAACUGUUCAAUAAAAAAAGAUUGACUGGAUUUUCUGUAAAUCUGAAAACUGCUCCUGCAGAAGAAGCAAAUGAAGUCAAUUACAAAACUCAACAGUAUCACUUUGGCAGUGGCUCCACAGGGGUGACCCCGCUGCCAUCCCUCCCGAGGGGGCAGCUGGCACCCCCAAGGCCUUCAGGGAUCAGACACGAGGGCCAGGUGUCCCCCGGGACAGCCUCUCUGCUGAUGGCACCAUGAGGAUCACGGCAUGUCCCAACCAUGGAAAGGAACUGCUGCACACCCCCAGAGCUCACGGACUGCCCGGAAAAGCAGGAGCUGGCUGGAGGCAGGGCCCCCGCGCGCCGCUUUCGGAGGAGCCAUUCCAAGGGAAGAACAAAGUGCACUGGCAUACGGAUUUAUUCCAAGGGAUGGCUUUCAGGAGUAACUUUUUUUUAAAAUGAAACGGUAAAAUAAAAUAGCAAGAGUAAAAGAACCAUUUUAUAAGAAAAUGCUCCUUUUUGGUUCUGUAAGGAAAGGCUGCUCUGCGGUGUCAGAAGUAAAGUUGUCCCAAACGUG